AUGAGUAAAGAAUACCGACAGCUCCCUCGAGGGCUCAUAGAAGCAUUCGCGGGCUUUGCGGCUGGGAUUGCGUCGACUUUAGUUGCCCACCCGCUAGAUGUGAUCAAGACACGGCUACAAGUUGACCGAGACUCUCCUUCACAGUUUGGGGGCUCGCUGCGACUGGUAAAAAGAAUUGUCCGCAAUGAGGGGACCAUCAGCGCCCUCUACCGGGGCCUUACGCCUAACCUCGUAGGCAAUUCGUUAAGCUGGGCCUUGUACUUUGUGUGGUAUGACAGAACCAAAGAAGGGAUUCGAUCAUAUCGAGGAUUCGAGAACGGUGGACUAUCGUACUACGAUUUUUUUAUCGCGUCUGGUACUGCAGGUGUCCUGACUGCCGUUGCGACGAACCCAAUCUGGGUUAUCAAGACACGGAUGUUGUCUACAUCUAGCAGCCAUCCGGGAGCAUACAAGUCCAUAUCUGACGGCACGCGACAAAUCUACCGAUCAGAAGGUCUGCUAGGAUUCUACCGUGGCUUGGUCCCCUCACUCGUCGGCGUCUCGCACGGGGCUCUACAGUUUAUGGCGUACGAACAGCUCAAGAUCUACAGAGGUCACAGCUUGGACGGGGGGCAGAAGGAUCUGGGAGCGGCAGAUUUUUUAGUGCUCAGUGGGCUCGCAAAGAUGUUUGCGGGAAGCGCAACAUAUCCGUAUCAGGUUGUACGUGCACGGCUGCAAAUGUACGAUGCAGACCGCACAUACAAAAGUGCGAGGGAUGUCGUUGCCCAGGUGUGGAGGAAGGAGGGGUUGGCAGGGUUCUACAAAGGGCUGGGGCCGAACCUGCUCAGGGUGAUGCCUAGUACUUGGGUGACCUUCCUGGUGUACGAGAAAACCAAAGUGCUGCUUCCGCGGAUGCUGGAUCAGAGAAGUCAAAUAUGA